UUUUUUUGCAGAUGAAAGCAGCAUUAGUGCAGGGAAGCAAUAAACCUGCAUUCUCUCAUCGUGUAACUGAGAGUGCUUUUAUGGAAACUCAUUUACAACCACUGAUUGCGCUAGAAAAUCGAGCGGAAGAUAUUUUUGGCAUGUCCAUCAAUCUUAGCGAACCGUGGCAAGUACUCAACUAUGCCCCAGGAGGAUUUUACAACGCGCAUAAUGAUUAUUUGUCAACAAGCGAUAACCAUCCUGUGAAAAUUGGAAAUCGAUUAACCACCAUGUUAUUUUACCUAAACGAUGUCACUCUAGGAGGUGAAACUGUUUUCCCUCAUAUUGGUCUAUCUGUUACACCUAUUAAAGGAUCAGUUGUGGUCUGGCACAAUAUUCACGCCGAUGGGUCUCAAAGUCGUUUGACUGAUCAUAGUGCUUGUCCCGUUAUCAUCGGAGAAAAAUGGGGCUUCACAAAGUGGAUCCGGAUUUUAAAGGAUCAACAAUGCCUUCGCAGUAUCUAUGAAACUGACAUGAAGAUUUCAAAGUUCGAACUUAAAACGGAAGGAUAUUCGAAGCUGCAGAAAGAUGUAAUGUCUAUAAUAAGUUCUCGAUAUCAAAAUCGACCAACAAAUGAAUGGAAUUUUUCAGAAGUAUAAAACGUGAUAUGAUUUUUUAUGCGUGGCAAAUCAGAGUUGCAGUAGACACCCAGUUCAUGAAAUUUGAAUAAACAUUUUUUUGUACCUU